AUGCCUUGCAAAAUUGAGAAAAUCAAGAACUUCCUGCUCACAGCCAGGAGGCAGGAUGCCAAAUCUGUCAAGAUCAGGAAAAAUGGUAAUGUGAAGUUUAAAGUUCGAUGCAACAGAUACCUUGACACCUUGGUCAUCACAGACAAGAAGACAGAGAAACUGAAGCAGUCCCUGCCUGAGGUUUGGCAGUGA